AUGAAGCGGGACAUUGUGCUUUCUUUAUUUUUCCUCAUCAACGUAGGUGUCCUGUUUGGACCCGCCAACAGUGCUUAUCGCUUAAAGAAGAGUAGCGUGAAUGUGCAGGAGGGAGAGGAACAUAGAGCUGGAAAGAAAGCAGUGUGUCCUAUGAUAAGUGAGAAAAAGCGAAAGAGUGACAAAAGAGGAAAUAAUCUAGGAAGUAAUACGGUACAGGAGGAUGCGGAUGACACAGAAUUUGGAGAGGACUUGGAAGGAGGGGAGGAUAUGGUGGAUGAGACGUCGGAAGGCCUGAAAGAAGAAACAACGACAGAGGAAGUGACAAUGGAAGAGGCAACCGAUAUGGAUGCAGUCGACAGGGAGGCGGCGGAGUUAGAAGAAGAACAAUACAAGGAAAUGAAGGAGAGAAAACGGAAAAGGACCCACGCGAGUGCGAAUGUUUCAGGAGAGUGCCCAAUGAAGAAGGGAGAAAAAAGAAAAAAAAAAAACAAUGUAAUAAACACGAUGAAGGAGAUAGAAAGCCACGAUGACAGCACGGAAGGAAAGGGAAAAAAAGAAGAUAAUGAAUCCUUGUAUGAGGAGAAAAAACAGAAAAUAUUAAUGAUCCAUGUUUUAAAAAGUAUUAAAGAACAUUUGGAUAGACAGAAGAAAAAUUUCAACAACUUCUUGUCUUUCCUAAGUGAAUCUUAUGCAAGUUACGAGAAGUUUUAUGUGUCCCGAAACGUGAAUGGUGUGCAUAGUGGAGUGCAAAAUGGAAUGAGUGAAGAGGAAACGGGGAUAACGUCACAGUCGUUUUUGAGUUUACAGGAGGAGAGCGUUCCCAAGUGUGUCAUGAAGAAGGGUCAGGGCGGUUUACUUGCAAGCGCUGGUAGCACUAGCGGAGGUGAGACGAAUGAAGAGGUGGAGGAAGAGGCGCAGGAGGACGAACCGGAGGAUGAUGAGGGGGAAGGCAAUUUAGGUGGUGACAGUUCAGCUGUGGACAAUUCGGGUGGGGAUAGUACAGGUGGAGACAAUGCGGGUUCGGGUGGCGGAAGUUCGGGAGGUAAUGCGAACACGAGUCAUGACAAGAAGAAAGACGAAAAGAAUCCUUCAAACCAAAUGAACAAAAUAAAGAAUAUCCUGUACGGCAUGUUGCGAUCCAAAGAGUUAUCCGCAAAGCAGAAGGAGUACCUGCGGGUGAUUCUACAAAUAUUAACCCUGGAGGAUGAUCUCCUACAAAAGGAAAAGAUGCAAGUGGAAGUGAACAAGAAAAUUAUCGAUGUCCUCUUGGGUAAGUCAAAUGAACUCAGAAACCUAGCAGUACACCUGAGUAAAGGAGAAGGAGAAACAGGCGAAGCAGAAGGAAACCAACGAGUUGACUUGGCACAAAACAUUGUAUCAAACUUGUUGAAUUUUUCGGUUGAAUUAAAAAACACUGGUAAUAUAGUGUAUAAUAAUAUACAAGGACAAGGAGACUUACUCCAAAGCAUUGAAAAGAAUAUCAACAAGGCUGAGGAGCAGUUGAAAAAUGUGCGUGUGCACACAGAGUACAAGGGGGCGAAGAAGGAAGAACCCACUACUGUCGACCCAAGUAAUAAUGAUAACACAGAAAAGAACAAGGAAGAUGCUCAUAGCCAGAAGAAGGUUAGUGAGUCAGAAUUCCUCCAAUACUGCGAUGCUGAUGAGGCAGAUCCCAAUUCUACUUGUCCAUUUAAAUCUGUAUCAUCUUCCAAAAAUGGAUCUGGUGAGGUAAACAACAACAUUGUUGGAGAUACUGAAAAAAAACUAACGGCUAAGGGAACUUACAAUAAAUUCACCCUCGAUGAGACGAUGAAGAAUCACUUCUUUAGCAACUUCGUAAAGGACUCCAUCACACUGAGGAAGCUUUACCGCUUGCUAUAUGACAUGUUCUAG